UUGUUCUUCCUGUGGUCUCAGCACCCUGCAAACUGAGUCCAGAUCUGUUUUCCUUGCAGAUUGGUGAAGAUGAGCAUCCGGGCUCCACCCAGACUUCUGGAGCUAGCAGUGCAGAAUCUGCUGAGGGACCAGGUCUUGACCAUCUCUACCCUGGAGGAGCUGCCCAUGGAACUUUUCCCCCCACUGUUCAUGGAGGCCUUCAACAGGAGACACUGUGAGGCCCUGAAGCUGAUGGUGCAGGCCUGGCCCUUCCGCCGCCUCCCUCUGAGGCCUCUGAUAAAGAUGGCUUGUCUGGAGACCUUCCAAGCUGUGCUCGAUGGGCUUGAUGCACUGUUUACCCAUGGGGUUCAUAUCAGGAGGUGGAAACUUCAAGUGCUGGAUUUACAGGAAGUCAGUGAGAACUUCUGGAUGGUUUGGUCUGAAGCCAUGGCCCAUGGGUGCUUCCCCAAUGCCAUGAGGAACAGAAAACCAGUGCCAGACUGUCCAAGGAUGAGAGAACAGCAGCCCUUGACUGUCUUCAUAGAUCUUUGCCUCAAGAACAUGAUUCUGGAUGAAUACCUCACCUGCCUCCUUCUGUGGGUCAAGCAGAGGAAAGAUGUACUACACCUGUGCUGUAAGAAGCUGAAAAUUUUGGGAAUGCCCUUCCACAACAUCAGAAGCAUCCUGAAAAUGGUGAACCUAGACUGUAUCCAGGAGGUGGAAGUGAAUUGCAAUUGGAUACUGCCCAUCCUGACACAGUUUACCCCAUACCUGGGCCAAAUGAGGAAUCUUCAGAAGCUUUAUCUCUCCCACAUGGAUGUCUCUCACUAUGUUUACCCAAAACAGAAGGAGUUUGUUACCCAGUUCACAACUCAGUUCCUCAAGCUGCACUACCUCCAAAAGCUUUAUAUGAACUCUGUUUCUUUCCUCGAAGGCCACCUGGACCAGCUGCUCAGCUGUCUAAAGACCUCAUUAAAGAUCCUCACAAUAACUAACUGUGUGCUUUUGGAAUCAGACUUGAGACAUCUGUCCCAGAGCCUGAGCAUCAGUCAGCUAAAGACCCUGGACCUGAGUGGCAUCAGACUGGCCAAUUUCAGUCUUGUGCCUCUCCAAGUUCUGCUAGAAAAAGUUGCAGCCACCCUUGAGUACCUGGACUUAGAUGACUGUGGCAUCAUAGACUCCCAAGUCAAUGCCAUCCUGCCUGCCCUGAGCCGCUGCUUUGAGCUCACUGCCUUCAGCUUCUGUGGAAAUCCCAUCUCCAUGGCCACCCUGGAGAACCUGCUGUGCCACACAAUCAGACUCAACAACUUAUGCACGCAGCUGUAUCCUGCCCCACGGGAGAGUUAUGAUGCUGAUGGUACUCUCUGCUGGAGCAGAUUUGCCCAACUUAAGGCUGAGCUGAUGAAGAGACUGAGGGACUUAAGGCACCCUAAGAGGAUCUUGUUCUGUACUGACUACUGCCCUCACUGCGGCAACAGGUCAUUUUAUGACCUGGAGUCGUCAGAUCAUCGCUGCUGUUGA